GUAAACAAAAUAAAUGCGACCAAAGACGAAACGAAUACGACAAUACGACGAAGAAUCGGCAAAUUUAUUCGUUCUUUGUCUUGCUUAUUUUUUCGUUACAAGAGCUUCUUCUCUCACAGCAUAUUUCCUGAUUGAACCUUCUCAUCCAGAAAUUUCUUUAAGCCAUAUUCAAAUCCCGGUGGCAUGGCUGUAUCAAUUGAAGUUGUAGUGUUGUGCUGAUAUGGACCCUUGUGGACAUCAAGGAAUGGAGGAUACAAAGAUGGACACUCUGGAAUCUGAUAAAGAGGUUGAAUUCCCACAAUCAGAUGGAGUGCAGGCUGAAAAAAUUGCAUCAUCCGUUUGUCUUCCCGCCCUGAAGAGAAGUCUUGGAAGUGAGAUGGAUAGCCUGAAGAACGGCGACAACCCAAUCUUCCAGAGCAGGGCUGGAUCGAAUUCAUCAGUCCGCAGCAAGGCUGAAAAGAGCAGGCAGGACUCCCAUAGGAUUAGGUCCAUUCGAGAAUCCCUUCAAGGCGUCCCACCUCCACCUUCUAUGACCAACCCCAGAAUCAGCGUUGAAGAGGCUCUUGAAAGUCUUAAGGACUAUUUUGAUAAAUUGUCUUCCAAGUCACCAGAAUCUUUGGGGCUUGAUACCAGUACAAAUUUUGAACAACCUGAAGAUUUAUACUUGGAUAUUUACUACAAUGAUAACCUGAAAUGUGAAACCUUGGACUUCCUGUAUGAAAAAGUGCGUCAAAGAUACAUUAUGAACGAGACGUCUGCCUUUGUGACAACGGCAUCCAAAUUCACAGUCAUUGCAUCACCCCUUUCCUGUGAUUUCCUUGAUAUGCUGCCUCGAUCAAUGUCCAGUCCUGCGAGCCCAGCUCCAGACAACUUGUCCGUUGAGUUGGCUCAGCGCAGAAGCAGGGUCCGUGCUAAUGUUCAAAAACGAAAAUCGCCACGCAAAACGAGCACGUCUAUAAAGAAUCCAGGCCUGCAUAUGAAUAGCAUGGCAGCUCAAAGGGAUGUGUUCUUGAUGCGGCAAACCCAGAAAGAGGUUUCGGCGCCAAAGCUUCCAAAAACUACCAACAAGCUGAUCACAGUUCCUAUGGCCAAGUCCAGCUCAGUGAAAGAGACUUUGCCCAAAAAGACUGAAGAAAAAAACCAAGUGGUUGAAAAGAUGACGGAACAUCAUCUAAGGAAACUCUUGUGGGCAACUGUCCAGUCAUUAAAAGCAACCUCUCCUGAUCUGAUGGAGGAUUCAGAUUUUUACAAAAAGUGCAAGGCCUCUCUGUACCGCCUGAGUCAAGUUCAAUGGGUGAAGCUGCAGAAAACUGAAGUCCAAAGGGAGGAGAAGCCAACAAAAGGUACAAGUGACCGCAUGUUGGAACUGACCAUGCAGUUGGCGUCCCAGGUGGUUAACUCGAUGACGACAACUCACAGUUUCAAAGUAAAACUGGAACAGAAAUCAGGCAUUUUGGAUACAGCGUGAACAAACUCGACAGUGACAAUGGAUCCAGUGUGAUCCAAAUCAACCUCGUUCAAAAUCUGUAAUUGGUUCAAAAAUGUUUUAUAAACAGUUGAUAAUAGAUUGGAAAAAGACUUACUAUAUCCACAAUGUGCUCUUUUUCAUCUUCAGUCAAAAACUUCCCAUUUUCUUUCACAUUCCUACCAUUUGUUAGCCUGUCGAUCAACUCAUGCAGAUCUUCAAUUUCUAAGGCGUUGGAAUUGUUGAAAUCUAAACGUUUUUUUAUGAAAUUGGUUUUAUUAUUACAAGCAAAGUCUGUGUUACCAAAGAUUCGAAAUGCCCAUUUUGCUUUGCUUUCUGUCGGACACGACGGUGACAAGGCAGAAAAGAGAUCUAGCAUGUCCUCAAAUGACACAUGUCCGUCAUUUUUUGACGAAAAUACCUCACACAGUCUAUCCACAAAGGGGUUAGCCUACAGUGAUAAAAUUUUCAGUUUAAAAUAUGGAUCGGUUUUGGUCAAAAGAUGGAACCUUAAUUUCAGGAAAAGCUUCAAGCAUUCGUUCCCAGGUUACUCGGUGCACAACUGUGAAUUCCUCUUCCCCUAUUAAGUCCUGCAUUCUUUUGUGAAUCCUAGAAUGAACAUUAAUUAGCUUUAUUUGUAGAACACUGAUUAAAAAUUUAUAUUC